AUGAGCAAGCAAGAUUAUUCCAUGGAUGAAAUGACAGCCAUGGUAAAGAUUGAAAAAGGAGUUGGUGGCAAUAAUGGGGGCAAUGGUAAUGGUGGUGGUGCCUUUUCUCAGGCUCGAAGCAGUAGCACAGGCAGUAACAGCAGUGGAGGAGGAGGCUCACAGGGCACCAAUGGCUAGCAGAUUAUCUCUUCCUCCUCUGGGGCUACCCCUACCUCAAAGGAACAGAGUGGCAGCAGUACUAAUGAUGAGUCUUCCAAGAAUCACACAGUCUCUGGUGGGCAGUAUGUUGUGGCUGCCACCCCAAAUUUACAGAACCAGCAAGUCCCAGGACUACCUGGAGUGAUGACCAAUAUUCAGUAUCAAGUAAUCCCACAGUUUCAGACUGUUGAUGGGCAACAGCUGCAAUUUGCAGCCACUGGGGCCCAAGUUCAGCAGGAUGGUUCUGGUCAAAUUCAGAUCAUACCAGGUGCAAACCAACAGAUUAUCACAAAUCGAGGAAGUGGAGGCAACAUCAUUGCUGCUAUGCCAAACCUGCUCCAACAGGCUGUCCCCCUCCAAGGUCUGGCUAAUAAUGUUCUCUCGGGGCAGACUCAGUAUGUGACCAAUGUACCAGUGGCCCUCAAUGGGAACAUCACCUUGCUACCUGUCAAUAGUGUUUCUGCAGCUACCUUGACUCCCAGAUCUCAGGCAGUCAUGAUCAGCAACUCUGGGUCCCAGGAGAGUGGCUCACAGCCUGUCACCUCAGGGACUGCCAUCAGUUCUGCCAGCCUGGUAUCAUCACAAGCCAGUUCCAGCUCCUUUUUCACCAAUACCAAUAGCUACUCAACAACUACUACCACCAGCAACAUGGGAAUUAUGAACUUUACCACCAGCAGAUCAGCAGGGACCAACUCUCAAGGCCAGACACCCCAGAGGAUCAGUGGGUUACAGGGGUCUGAUGCUCUGAACAUCCAGAAGAACCAGGCAUCUGAAGGUUCACUACAAACAAGUCAGCAAAAAGAGGGAGAGCAAAACCAGCAAACACAGCAACAACAACAGAUUCUUAUUCAGCCUCAGCUAGUUCAAGGGGGACAGGCCCUCCAGGCCCUUCAAGCAGCACCACUGUCAGGGCAGACCUUUACAACUCAAGCUAUCUCCCAGGAAACCCUCCAGAACCUCGAGCUUCAGGCUGUUCCAAACUCUGGCCCCAUCAUCAUCUGGACACCAACAGUGGGGCCUAAUGGACAGGUCAGAUGGCAGACUCUUCAGCCGCAGAACCUCCAAGUUCAGAAUCCACAGGCCCAGACAAUCACCUUGGCUCCAAUACAGGGUGUUUCCUUGGGGCAGACAAGCAGUAGCAACACCACCCUUACACCCAUUGCCUCAGCUGCCUCCAUCCCUGCUGGCACAGUCACUGUGAAUGCUGCCCAGCUCUCCUCCAUGCCAAGCCUCCAGGCCAUUAACCUCAGUGCAUUGGGUGCUUCAGGAAUCCAGGUGCACCAACUUCCAGGCCUGCCAUUGACUAUAGCAAUUGCCUCAGGUGAUCAUGGAGCUCAACUUGGCCUCCAUGGGGCUGGUGGUGAUGGAAUACAUGAUGACACAGCGGGUGGAGAGGAAAGAGAGAACAGCCCAGAUCCUCAACCCCAACCUGGACGGAGGCACUGAUGCACCUGUCCCUACUGUAAAGACAGUGAAGGAAGGAGCUCUGGGGACCCUGGCAAAAAGAAACAGCACAUUUGUCACAUCCAAGGUUGUGGCAAAGUAUAUGGCAAAACCUCACACCUAUGGGCACACUUGCACUGGCACACAAGCGAGAGACCAUUCAUGUGUACCUGGUCAUACUGUGGGAAACGCUUCACACAUUCGGAUGAGCUGCAGAGGCACAAACGUACACAUACAGGCGAGAAGAAAUUUGCCUGCCGUGAGUGUCCCAAGCGCUUCAUGAGGAAUGAACAUCUGUCAAAGUAUAUCAAGACCCACCAGAAUAAAAAAGGGGGCCCAGGUGUAGCCCUGAGUGUGGGUACUUUGCCCCUGGACAGUAGAGCAGGUUCAGAAGGCAGCGGCACUGCCACUCCUUCGGCCCUUAUUACCACCAAUAUGGUAGCCAUGGAGGCCAUCUGUCCACAGGGUAUUGCCCGUCUUGCCAACAGUGGCAUCAACAUCAUGCAGGUGGCAGAUCUGCAGUCCAUUAAUAUCACUGGCAAUGGCUUCUGA